AAAAACGAAAUCCGAACUACCCCGAGUAAAUCAAUCUACAGUAGCGAGAUGUACGCCCAAGUGUGCGUACUCCUCCUGGCCGUUGGCCUCAGCCAGGCCUAUAUGUCCGAACCCGUGGUUCUACCGCAGGAGCAUUUAAUGCGGCUCGUGCUGCAGACGCGUGAUGUCGGAACCGACGCUUCCCACUCUCUCGAGUGCCUUGCCUACUAUAUGGCGGAGAUGAGCGCGGUCGGAGAGAAAUUUGAUACGGAAACAAAGGAGUGCAUCAGCGCGGCGCAGCUCAAGGUGGAAGCCAUCAACGAUGACACCCAGCCCAACCGUACCGCCAUCGACAGUUCCGCCGAGAGCUCUUGUCAAGCCCUCAAGGAGUGCACCUCUAUUGAUGUCGCCGAGAAGUACUUUUCGUGCACCGCCCAAGCCGGUUCCGAAAACGCCAAGUCCAUGUUCACCAUCUCUGCCAAUUCGAACGAGCUGGUGGCCCAAAUCAAGGAGACGUACCGCCAAAUCCAGGUGUGGCAAUACGAUUGCACCAACAAGACGCAGCGCGAAUAUGCCGAGAGCUCUGCUGCUGUCUACGAGGAUAUGAGCGCCUGCAUGUCCGGAGCUGAUAUUCCAACGACAGGACCAACCACAUCCGCUCCUCCCACAGACUCAACAGAGAGUUCUACAGAGUCGUCAACAGAGAGUUCUACAGAGUCGUCAACAGAGAGUUCUACAGAGUCGUCAACAGAGAGUUCCACUGAGUCGUCAACAGAGAGUUCUACAGAGUCGUCAACAGAGAGUUCUACAGAGUCGUCAACAGAGAGUUCCACUGAGUCGUCAACAGAGAGUUCUACAGAGUCGUCAACAGAGAGUUCUACAGAGUCGUCAACAGAGAGUUCCACUGAGUCGUCAACAGAGAGUUCUACAGAGUCGUCAACAGAGAGUUCUACAGAGUCGUCAACAGAGAGUUCCACUGAGUCGUCAACAGAGAGUUCUACAGUUACCACCACCGAAGGAACCAAGGAGUCGCCCCCUGAAGAGGACUUGAAUCAUCUGAUCAGCAAGAUUGAGAGCAACGGAAACAGAGACGUGAAACAGAUUUUGAAGAAUAUUCAGAAGUGGCUCAAGCAAAACUAAGACUUUAGUUGCUUAAACAUUCAAUUUAAAAGCCUACAAUAAAGAAAGCAUAAAUGUA